AUGGCUGCUGCAAUGGAUGUCGGUGUACCUCAAGUACCUAUUGAUUAUACAGCAUUGCUAUGCCGGAUUCCAGACUCUAAUGCUACAAUUCCCGAUCCUCCUUCCUCCCUGGACUUCUUACAUCGCAUCCUUCGGGAAAAGUCGCAUGCCUUUGAAGAGGAGACAGAGGAAGAUGUCCCUAGCGAGCCAAACGAUGAGCGAGAGGACAAACAUACACUCACCAAUGCGUCUCAUGAUGACGUAGAUACGGAACUUGUCCCACCGGAUAAUUUCGCUAUGGUCAAUUCUUGGGUGUAUCGAAGCAGCUUUCCUAAGAAAAAACACUUUCCCUUUCUAAAAACGCUGGGUUUGCGGAGCGUGUUGACGUUGAUCUUAGAAGAUUAUCCUGAGCAAAACAUCAACUUUUUAGACGAAAAUGGAAUCAAGUUUUUUCAGUACGGAAUUCCAGGCAACAAAGAACCAUUUGUACAGAUUCCUGGUGCCACGAUUACUGCUGCCUUAGUUACAAUUCUCGACAAGCGUAAUCAUCCUAUGCUUAUCCAUUGCAACAAGGGAAAACAUCGCACAGGCUGUUUGAUCGGGUGCCUGCGGAAACUACAACAAUGGUCGCUAACAACAAUCUUCGACGAAUACAGGCGUUUCAGCUUCCCAAAAUCGCGGAGUAUGGACCAAGAAUUCAUUGAACUUUAUAAUGAGAACGCUGUGUGGCCUCAGAUUGACCCCAAUUGGCUACCACAUUGGACCGUGCUAAGUCGAAGAGAGAUUUUAGCACGCAUUACACAUGAGAAGGAUGAGAAGGUUAGCGAAAACGAGGUAGUGCGCGGUAUGUAG